ACUUCGGUGUGAAAAUAUAUAAAUAAAAAAAAAAAAAAUUGUCAGUCGCGCCGGGACUCGGGGAUUUUCGAGCGACCUAUACGAUAUAGUAUAUAGCUGUUUAGUAGUGUCCCGAGGGGCGCACGGUUCGUCGAGUUUCCCGUUUCUCUCAGCUUUCUCGGCUGUUCUCCGCGCGCUUUUCCACGAAAAAAGAAAACAGAAAAAAGAAAAGGAGAAAGAGCGAACAAUGGGAAAGACGUUCCACGCGGCGAGACAUUCUGUUUGUUUCCUCGACCGUCGGUCUUCCCUAAUCUUCGACCUCUUUCUCGAGAACGAAACGUCGAUCGAGCACCGAAUCCGAUUAUUCAAUCGGAGAACUACCGAGGUAAACGGGACCCCCGACCAAUAACACGUCGCUGAGACCAAAAGAAUCAUUUUUCACGGUUCCGCAAGUAAAAAGAUGUCCCCGAGAAUAAGCGAAACUCCCCGCGUCCUCGCCUGCUGUGUCUGUUUCAUGUUUUUCAAUAUUUGUAAUUUAUCGAUAAAAUUAUUAAAACGGUAUCGAUACAUAACAGUCUAAAGUGUGCGCUACUCUACAUAAUAUUAUUAUAUAUAAAGUAUAAAAGUAUACAUUAUAUAUAUAUAUUAUAUAUAUAUAUACAUAUAUAUUAUAUAUGAGAAGUAUAAUAUAUAUAUUAUACACACAUUGGGAUUGGUGAGAAUAUACGGUUUUUUCGCUUUGGAGUGUUAUUUUCUGAAAAUAUUGAACAAAAUAUGGAAAAAAAAUUAAAAAAUAAAACCAAUGAAUAAAAAAAAAAAAAAAACAAUGAACGAACCGUUCUUCCUCGAUUGUUUCAUUAUUUUUCAUCGCGACACCUCGACAUCGCUCGAUUCGAACAAGAGACGUGCCGAUCCCGCGUGCAUUUUCCCGUACUGUCGUUACAGAAUCGACCAAAGGAGACCAGAAAUGUCGAAUACGAAGAACGAAAGCGAUCCACCCGGUGAAACCGAAAACGAGGUUCGGUUUCCUAGCUGUAAUCGUUUCAUCUGCGGCGUACGUCGACGCCGAGAGGAUCGAAUGCAAAGAGGUGCACGUGCGCGUCAUUUAUCCGUCACACGUCGAAAAAUUCGGUAUUCGAGCCUCUCGAACAGCCCUUAUCGCGGACAGCCUUCAACGAAACGUCAGUCCCAUGGCUUUGCAUUCAACUUUCACGGUUCCUGAUUUUCGACGAUGCCGGGAAACUUUGUGUCGGUAGAUGUCGACCAGUGUUGGGUCUUACAGCAGUGGUCAUUUCCUCUACUUUACUUUUCAAAUAGUUACAAACAUUUUAUAGAAGUAAUAUCAUCGUUGUCAACCCCCGUGGCCCCUUUCACGCGAAAGCUCGACGCUUCGUUAGUUGCGUUACGUGGUAAAUUCGCGCGUGCGCAAUUGUCAUUAAUCAGUAAUCGUAAAUUGCAUUUGUAAUAUGCAAUUAUAAAUCACUAAUUGGUAAUCUUGCAUGGAUAAUGGUUUCCGAUUAAUCAUUAAACCCGAGUACUGGUUAUUCGGUAAUGGUAAUCGUGAAUUACAUUUUGCCCGACACUGGUGUCGAUGCGAAUCCACGAUAAGAGUUAGCGAAAUUCGAUUCGGUUAAAAAUUUGCUAGCAACCCGAUGGACAGUCGAUGGAUCGGUCAGAAGUCUUCGUCGAACCUGAGAAAAAGUUUCUGGCGACCCUUCCAUCUAAAUUCAAGAGCAUGAUCGGAACAUCGUUCAGAAUCGAGAGCGAGAGACCACAGGAUCUCAUCGAGUUAGAAUAUUUAUUCUUGUAUCGAAAUAAUGGUACUAAAGCGUGUAGAGUCUUCGUAUUUCCGCAGAUCGCUGGGAAAUGCUCUCGAGAUCACCGACUACGAGACAAACAUGGCUUCCUUUUGGUUCCUAGACACGUUAGCGCUUCAAGUUCUACAGAACAAAAAGAACCUCGAUGGCUAUUACUUGAGCGUCUUGAUCAGUUGGCUGGCUGGGGAAAUGACGUUGAUUCGAGAUAAGAAGCAUCCUCGUGAGACGUUUCUCGAAGAGAUGAAAGAGAUUUUCAACGUGGCUGCUUCUAAAGUGACCGAAGAGAAUCGAGUGCCUUACUGGGACGAAAUCGUGUCUAACGAUGACACGGAAAAAGCGGAAGUUGAAGAGCAUUCGGUGAACGACCAACGUUCGUCGAUUUUAAACGAGUCGAAACGAGAGUCAACGAAAAAUCUGCAGAAAAGGCAAAGCAAAGAGUCACGCAGCAAUGUCAAGAAGGAAGUAAAUAGAAAAGAAACAUUCUCGGAUAGCCUCGAAAAUCCAUCGUCAUCCGUGUCGGAAGAAAUCGAGAAACCUUUCAGCAACGUAGACCCAAUUCUUGCGUUGGAUGCCCUGAUGGAAUGUACAUACGACAUGUACGCCAACGAGUUUCGUUACACCCUCGUCUACGCAGUCUUCGUUGAGCCAAUAGAAUUGGAAAUAUGUGAACUGCCAUUUGUUCUUCGAGAACCACGGCCAGUGAAGCUGGCAGAUCCUAUGUCGAUGCCUUUUGACGUGAAACUUCGGCAGAGAUUUGGAAAAUCGAAAAAAUCGGAGAAGAAAACGACAGGUAAAAGAAAGAAAAAAACACAACCGGAAGUACCCGUGACUCCUCCGCCUUCUCUAACAGACGAAGAGAUGUUAACGAACAAGCGUAAAUUUAUUUUACCGCUGAUAGAAGCAGAAAAUGCGUUGGAAAUAUUUGAACAGUACGAGGACACGCGGUAA